AGCCUCCCUCCAGUAGAUUAUCAGCUCUGCAUGUUGAGUUUCCCGGAUGCACUUGCCCAUACAGCUUAGAAAGCAAGAAGAAUAUUUUUGGGUGCAUUUUCGUUUUUUUUUUUUUUUUUCAAAGUUGAGAAGAAUCAAUACAAGCCCAAUAUAACUUUCAAAACCCAUUUGCAUAAAGCCUCUAAACAGAGAUACUGGUAGAAGAUCAGAAGACCCAAUUCUGGAAAUCUCCUAAAAACGUCGAUUUUGGCGUUUCUCUUCUCUUUUCACAGUAGAACAGAGCAAAUACUGCCAACGUUCAUUUGACUGAUGGAGAGCAUCGAGAAGGCCUGGGAUUCAGGACUGCGGGCCAGCAGGAGCAUGAGUAGGAGCAUUAGCAGGAGCAUUAGCAGGAGCAACUGGGGUAUGGAGGACGUGUUUGCUCGGUCAACAGGAUCGAGGCGGAGCGCAGGUGGCAUCAGCGAUGAUGAAGAGGCUCUGAGAUGGGCUGCAUUGGAGAAACUGCCGACAUAUGAACGGCUGAGAACAAGCAUAUUCAAAUCUUAUCUCGAGAACGAGAACCAGUCAAAUCAGUUCAUCCACAAGGAGGUCGAUGUGCGGAAUCUGAAUACUGAUGAGCGGCAGGAAUUCAUCGAGCGGAUAUUCAGGGUCACUGAGGAGGAUAAUGAGAAAUUCUUGAGGAAAUUCAGGAAUAGGAUCGACAAGGUUGGAAUCCAGCUUCCAACAGUUGAAGUUAGGUUUGAGCAUCUAACCAUAGAAGCAAAAUGCUAUAUCGGAAAUAGAGCUCUUCCUACUCUUAUAAACACAGCAAGAAACCUUGCAGAAUCAGCUCUAGCUACGGUGGGAAUAAGGCUGGCUAAGAGAACUACCCUCACUAUACUCAAGGAUGCCUCUGGGAUUAUAAAACCUUCAAGGAUGACACUUUUGUUAGGUCCUCCUUCCUCCGGGAAGACAACUCUGUUGCUGGCACUUGCAGGAAAGCUAGAUCCAACCUUGAAGGUCCAAGGAGAGGUCACAUACAACGGUCAUCAGCUCGAUGAGUUUGUACCGCAAAAGACAUCAGCAUACAUCAGCCAGAACGAUGUUCACAUUGGAGAAAUGACGGUUAAGGAGACACUAGAUUUCUCUUCAAGGUGUCAAGGAGUUGGAUCGAGAUACGAGCUCCUAACUGAAUUGGUAAGGAGAGAGAAAGCCGAGGGAAUACACCCAGAAGUCGAAGUUGAUCUUUUCAUGAAGGCCAUAGCAAUGGAAGGAGUUGAAAGCAGCCUACAAACAGACUACACUCUCAGAAUACUAGGGCUGGACAUUUGUAGGGACACCAUCGUGGGCGAUGAGAUGCACAGAGGAGUAUCAGGCGGCCAAAGGAAGCGGGUUACUACAGGGGAAAUGAUUGUGGGUCCAACCAAGACCCUGUUCAUGGAUGAGAUAUCAACCGGCCUGGAUAGCUCGACUACCUUCCAGAUAGUGAAAUGCCUGCAGCAGAUUGUCCAUCUGACUGAGGGCACCAUCUUCAUUUCUCUCCUUCAACCGGCACCGGAGACCUAUGAACUCUUUGAUGACAUUGUUCUCCUCUCAGAGGGCCAAAUCGUUUACCAGGGACCCAAAGAACACGUCCUCGAUUUCUUUGAGAGCUGCGGAUUCAAAUGCCCCGAAAGGAAAGGCACUGCUGAUUUUCUGCAGGAGGUUACUUCAAAGAAGGAUCAAGAACAGUAUUGGGAAGACAAGAGCAAGCCAUACCGCUACAUUCCGGUGUCUGAAUUCAGUCAACGGUUCAAGACAUUCCAUGUGGGCCUGAACUUGAAGAAUGAGCUAUCGGUACCAUUCGAUAAGAGCAAGAACCAUAGAGCGGCACUCGUGUUCACCAAGAACUCUGUUCCUACGUGGGAACUACUGAAGGCCAGCUUCGCCAAGGAGUGGCUUCUUAUCGAGAGGAAUUCCUUCGUCUACGUCUUUAAGACUGUCCAGAUUAUCAUAGUUGCAAUAAUUACAUCGACCAUCUUCCUGAGGACGGAGAUGCACACAAGGACCGAAGGUGAUGGUGCCAUCUUUAUCGGAGCGCUUCUCUUUGCUAUGAUCGUCAACAUGUUCAAUGGAUUCGCUGAGCUAUCUCUGACCAUCGUAAGGCUCCCAGUGUUCUACAAGCAGCGGGACCUACUGUUCCACCCCCCUUGGGUUUUCACUCUCCCAAACUUCCUCCUUAGAAUCCCAAUUUCCAUCUUGGAGGCUAUAGUGUGGAUGGUGACCACAUAUUACACCAUUGGAUUUGCACCAGAAGCGAGCAGGUUUUUCAAGCAACUUCUCAUAGUCUUCCUGGUGCAACAAAUGGCAGCUGGACUCUUUCGGCUCAUUGCAGGAGUGUGUAGAACCAUGAUCAUUGCAAACACUGGAGGAGCUCUCACUCUGCUUAUCGUGUUCAUGCUCGGGGGAUUUAUACUUCCUCGAGGGGAAAUUCCCAAAUGGUGGAUAUGGGGUUAUUGGAUUUCUCCUCUCACGUAUGCCUUCAAUGCCUUGUCUGUUAAUGAGAUGCUUGCUCCACGGUGGACGAACAAAUUGGCAUCUGAUGGGGUCACAAAUUUAGGAGUUGCAGUACUAAAGAAUUUUGAUGCCUACCCAAAAAACUACUGGUUCUGGAUUGGAGCAGCAGCCCUUUUUGGAUUCAUCAUCCUUUUCAAUGUUCUCUUCACUCUUGCUCUCAUGUAUCUAAAUCCUUUGGGUAAGCCACAAGCUGUUAUAUCUGAAGAAGCAGCGAAUGCGAUGGAAGGCAACCCAGAAGAAUCAAAUGAAGAGGCAAGGAUCAAAAGAAAAGGAUCAAAAGGUGGUUCUGUCCCACGUUCUUUAUCGGCUUCAGAUGGAAACAAUACAAGAGAAAUGGCAAUUCGGCGCAUGAGCAGUCAAGCUAAUGGGGGACUUAGUCGGAAUGCUGACUCGUCUCUCGAGUUGACCAUGGGUGUUGCGCCUAAGAGAGGAAUGGUUCUUCCAUUCACUCCUUUAGCCAUGUCAUUUGACGACAUAAAAUAUUACGUCGACAUGCCUGCAGAAAUGAAAGAGCAAGGAGUGACUGAAGACAGGCUCCAGUUGCUGAGGGGAGUUACAGGGGCAUUUAGGCCUGGUGUUCUGACUGCACUCAUGGGAGUUAGUGGGGCCGGGAAAACGACCCUCAUGGAUGUGCUUGCAGGAAGAAAGACUGGAGGAUACAUAGAAGGAGAUGUCAAGAUCUCAGGAUUCCCCAAGAACCAGGAAACAUUUGCAAGAAUUUCUGGUUACUGUGAACAAACCGAUAUCCACUCUCCCCAAGUCACCAUUAAAGAAUCCUUGAUCUACUCUGCAUUUCUUCGUUUGCCCAAGGAGGUCAACAAUGCAGAGAAACUGAUCUUUGUAGAUGAAGUGAUGGAACUGGUAGAGCUUGAUAAUCUCAAAGAUGCGAUAGUGGGCCUCCCAGGGAUUACAGGACUGUCGACAGAACAAAGGAAGAGGUUGACAAUAGCCGUGGAGCUUGUCGCUAACCCUUCAAUCAUCUUCAUGGAUGAACCAACAUCAGGUCUUGAUGCAAGGGCAGCGGCCAUUGUCAUGAGAACCGUAAGGAACACGGUUGAUACAGGAAGAACAGUUGUCUGCACAAUCCAUCAACCUAGCAUUGACAUCUUUGAAGCUUUCGAUGAGCUUCUACUGAUGAAAAGAGGAGGGCAAGUGAUAUACUCUGGACCUUUGGGCCGGAAUUCUCAGAAGAUAAUCGAAUACUUUGAAGAGAUUCCUGGCGUCCCAAAAAUAAAAGAGAAAUACAAUCCGGCAACAUGGAUGCUAGAAGCAAGCUCAAUUGCUGCUGAAGUUCGAUUGGGAAUUGAUUUUGCUGAGCACUACAAGUCCUCGCAGUUGUAUCAGAGAAAUAAAGCGCUGGUUAAGGAGCUAAGCACUCCUGCCCCAGGAGCCAAAGAUAUCUAUUUCCCCACACUAUACUCUCAGUCUACUUUUGGGCAGUUCAAAUCAUGCCUUUGGAAGCAAUGGUUGACAUAUUGGAGAAGCCCUGACUAUAACCUCGCCCGAUACUUCUUCACCUUAGUUGCUGCCCUCAUGCUUGGCACGAUCUUUUGGCGGGUUGGCACAAAAAGGGAAAAUGCAAAUGAUCUAACCAUCAUUAUCGGAGCUAUGUACGCAUCUGUUCUGUUUGUUGGCAUCAACAACUGCUCGACCGUGCAACCAAUUGUAGCCAUCGAAAGGACAGUGUUUUACCGAGAAAGAGCUGCAGGGAUGUACUCUGCCUUACCAUAUGCCAUUGCUCAGGUCGUGAUGGAAAUACCAUAUGUAUUCAUCCAGACCACGUACUAUACUCUUAUUGUCUAUGCCAUGGUGAGCUUCCAGUGGACAGCCGCGAAGUUCUUCUGGUUCUUCUUCGUCACCUUUUUCACAUUCCUCUACUUCACUUACUAUGGCAUGAUGACCGUGUCCAUCACACCGAACCACCAAGUCGCAGCUAUCUUUGCAGCAGCUUUCUAUGCACUCUUCAACCUGUUCUCUGGUUUCUUCAUUCCCAGACCAAAAAUUCCAAAGUGGUGGAUCUGGUAUUACUGGAUUUGCCCUGUAGCAUGGACGGUCUACGGGCUGAUUGUAUCACAGUAUGGUGAUCUUGAGAAUACAAUCCAGGUGCCCGGUGGGACGACAAUGCCAAUCAAGUCCUAUAUUGAAGACCACUUUGGCUACAAGAAUGAUUUCAUGGGGCCUGUUGCUGCUGUCUUGGUCGGAUUCACAGUCUUCUUUGCGUUCAUGUUCGCGUACUGCAUCAAGAUAUUGAAUUUCCAACAGAGAUAGGAGGAGCGAAAAUGGACACGUAUAUAUAUAUCUGCUAUCUUUACAUGGCAAUCCUUUCAAAGAAACAAAUUUGUAAAUAGAUGUUUAUGAAGUUCUCAAAAUGGGCGAUUACAUGAGUGGGUCAUCAUGCAAAGAAUUAUUUCACCGGUGUGAGUUUUGCACUCUCACUGCCGAUCCAAAGCCCAGAUAAAUGACGGGGGUUGCAUCAGGUUGACGGUCAAUAUCAAGUUUCUGCUACCACUAUCAUGAAUCCUAACAAUCUGACAUUUUGAGUACAGUGGAAUGGUGGAACAGGAUGAUGAUUCAACGACUUGGAUGUUUUGGAAGAAAAAAGGGGGUUUUAGUUUUAAGUAGUAUACAUUAGCGAUUUUAAAAGAUCAGUCAGUGUAGGAAAGAGGUAUUUUAUAUGUAAUUUUUGUAACAAUAUUUAGAAAAGAAAUAAAGGUUCUCUUUCUAUU